AUGUCGGAUCCCACAAACCUCGAUAACCGCGUUGUGCUCAAGGACGUCGAUGUGGAGUAUGCUCACAAUGACCCAAACGAGGUCAUCGAGUUGGUAAUCGGCAACAUGCCGACGCCAAUACCUGUCUUUCGCCCAGCGAUAUACGCCACAGCACUAAGAGCUCAUACCAUCACAAUAAAUCGCCAUUGGGCGCAUCCUUCCUGGGAGGUUCUUAUCCGCACUCCGUUGCCUUUUACCCGUCACCUCCAACUCAUCGACGUACAUCGCGGCGGGAACCAACAUCUGGUCAUCGGAGCUCACACAGACUUUGACAAUCUAUUCCCUUCGUUGACGAACCUGAGGAUAACGAACUUGUCGCUCCCAUGGUCGACCCUGACUUUACCUUCCGGGUUGAUAGUAUUGGACAUCGAUAUACAUGAUCUUGUCCCAGCGCACUCCGUGCAAUCGCCACCAGAACUGGAACCGUGUCAUUCUAUUCCGUCGUUAGCCCAACUACGGAACAUCCUUCUUCCUUGCACCGCUCUCCUUCACCUCAGUCUUUAUGGUAUCUUUUCCAGUGCUCCUUCCAUCGUCUUCUCCCCGCCAGGACCCAUUCAUCUACCGAGCCUCAAAUACCUAUCUUUAGGGGGAAACGGCGCACCGAUUGACGCCCUUAUACGUUCUUUAUCGGUACCAUCUUUGACCAAGGUUUACAUCGCGUCAUCUACGUGGUCAGCGAUACGAGCCGUGCCUCUCCUGACCUCGCAGAUGGGUCUCUCAUCCCUUCAUCCGCCCAAGCUUGCUAUCAUUGACGCAGGCCCUCCCUAUUCCCUAACUCGACCAUCCAUAUUUUUCACGAUCAUGUGCAAACCCAGCCCUGUUAUAAUAACGCUGGAGUGUAUAGACACCACGACAGACCAAUGGUUCCAUAUGGUCACUUGCUGCGGAGUACAAGGUAUCGAGCGACUGGCCGUUCGUGAUCGGUCCGCUACUUAUCCAUUCAUCCGACCUCCCAGUCCACUUCCCUGGUAUAAUAUCACAUCUACCAUCGUUAACGUCAAGGAGGUGCAGCUGCUGGAUGGUUCCAGAUGGGCUGACGCUUUAUCUGCUGUCGUUUUCCGUCAAGAGCAACAUAUGUGGCCUCUUCUUCGCGUAAUCGAUUUCAAAGUGGAGGACGGGGUAGACAGAGAAGAUGUCGUUUGUAUGAGUAGAUGGCUGAUGAGGAUAAGGGAGUCUGGCCGUGAAGUCAUUGUCAAUAUACGAGGGGAUAGGGUAAAUGGUACAAACAUUCAACCUCUCUUACUUGGAUUGCCCGAUUUUGCACUCUCUGCUUUCCGUGACUGGCUGUCAGGCAAUGGCAGCUGA